GCAAUAUCUACUGCAUACAAUCAGUCGACUUUCAGCUCUCAAAAUGGGUAGAAGAACUUUUGCGAUACUUUUAUCGUGUUGCCUCCUCUCGGUGAUUUUUGCCAAGGAUCGGAGUUUCCCGCCAGGAUUCAAAUUCGGUGUUGGUACUUCCGCUUAUCAGAUCGAAGGAGGAUGGGAUGCAGACGGCAAGGGAGAAUCGAUCUGGGAUCAUCUGACGCAUAACUAUCCGGAAAAGAUCGCUGACAGAACGAAUGGAGACGUCGCUUGCGAUAGCUACAAUAACUGGGAGCGCGAUGUUGAGAUGAUCCGCGAGCUGGGAGUUGACAUGUAUCGAUUCUCCCUGUCGUGGAGUCGAAUCAUGCCCUCGGGAAUCAGCAACGAUGUAAACCAAGCCGGAAUCGACUACUACAACAACUUGAUCAACGGGUUGCUGAAGUACAACAUUGAGCCAAUGGUCACGUUGUACCACUGGGAUCUACCCCAGCGGCUGCAAGAAAUCGGAGGCUGGACGAACCGUGAGGUAGUCGGACACUUCCGAGAGUACGCGCGGGUCGUUUACGAAGCAUUCGGAGAUCGCGUCAAGUGGUGGACCACCUUCAACGAACCCAUCCAAACCUGCCUGCUCUCGUACGAGUACGACCAAAUGGCCCCCGGAUACGACUUCCCUGGAGUGCCGUGCUAUUUGUGUACCCAUAAUGUGCUGCUGUCCCACGCUGAAGCCGUUGAACUGUACCGGAAGCAAUACCAACCAGCUCAGCAAGGUAUCAUUGGAAUCACUGUUGAUUCUUCAUGGGCACUACCAAGAAGUGAUUCAGCCGAAGAUCAGGAGGCUUCCGAACUUGUGAUGCAGUUCCACAUUGGCUGGUACAUGCAUCCGAUUUACUCCAAAACUGGAAACUACCCACAAGUUAUGAUCGACCGGAUCAACGCCCUCAGUCAGGAGCAAGGUUUCGCCAACUCACGCCUGCCGGUGUUCACCGAGGAAGAAAUCGAAAAACUCAAAGGUUCAUCGGACUUUUUCGGUAUCAACGCUUACACGACCAACAUCGUGUACAAGAAUGACGCGGAAAACUCGGCCAAUCUGAGAGUGCCUUCCUUCGAUCACGAUCGCAACACGCUGGGAUAUCAGGAUCCGAGCUGGCCCGCGUCUGGAUCAGGUUGGUUAAAGGUGUACCCGAAGGGUCUGUAUUACCUGCUAAACUGGAUUCGUGAAGAGUACGACAGUCCUCCGAUCUACGUUACGGAGAAUGGAGUCAGCGAUCUGGGUGGAACGAAGGAUGUAGCACGUGUGGAGUUCUACAAUUCCUAUCUGAAUGCCGUUUUGGACGCCAUGGAAGACGGAUGUGACGUACGAGGCUAUGUGGCGUGGAGUUUGAUGGACAAUUUCGAGUGGAGAGCUGGGCUGACGGAACGCUUCGGAAUGUACUACGUAGACUAUGAAGAUUCGAAGAGGACCAGGAUCGCCAAGAGCUCUGCCAAGGUGUUUGCGAAUAUCAUCAAGACCAGGACGAUUGAUCCGGACUACUUGCCUGAGCCAGAUUUGCUGAUCCCGGGUCCCGCUGAGAACGUUCGUCAAAAUGAUUCAAUUUGCUCUGUUGCAGCUAAGGCAGUGGCGCCGUUUCUGAGAAUUGCCUGUGAACAACUGUAAUAAAUUUUCAAAUAUUA